GGGCGGCGGCGGCUGAGGUGGAGGCGGAGGGAGGCGGCGGCGGCGAAGGAGGCGGCGGCGGAGGGGGAAAGAUGGCGGCACCCGUCCUGCUGAGAGUGUCGGUGCCGCGGUGGGAGCGGGUGGCCCGGUAUGCCGUGUGCGCCGCCGGGAUCCUGCUCUCCAUCUACGCCUACCACGUGGAGCGGGAGAAGGAGCGGGACCCUGAGCACCGGGCCCUCUGCGACCUGGGGCCCUGGGUGAAGUGCUCCGCCGCCCUUGCCUCCAGAUGGGGUCGAGGAUUUGGUCUUUUGGGUUCCAUUUUUGGAAAGGAUGGUGUAUUAAACCAGCCAAACAGUGUCUUUGGACUUAUAUUUUAUAUUCUUCAGUUAUUACUUGGCAUGACAGCAAGUGCAGUUGCAGCUUUAAUCCUCAUGACAUCCUCCAUCGUGUCUGUGGUAGGCUCUUUGUACCUGGCCUACAUUCUGUACUUUGUGCUGAAGGAGUUUUGCAUCAUCUGCGUGGUCACCUACGUGCUGAACUUCAUUCUUCUUAUCAUCAACUACAAACGACUAGUUUACUUGAAUGAGGCCUGGAAACGGCAGCUGCAGCCCAAGCAGGACUGACCACCUGACAAACUCUUACCUGACAGUCUGAAGUCCCUUUUCCAUUAAGUUUAUUUUGCAGCAUUUUUUUAUUCUUCAAAACAGACAGUUUCCCUAAGAAUCUUAAACUGAUUUUUUGAUAUCUUGUAAAUUACAAGGGUAUUUUCUGUGUCAAUCUUCAUUUUAUGGAUACAAAAAAAAAGCAUAUGACGAACCAAUCAAAGACAAGCUUUAACUUUACUUUGAAGAUGUUUCUGAAAUAAUUAAAUGUAGCCCUAGUCCCCUCCCCUCAAUGGUAAAGUGAACAACCAUUGCUAGUAAUUUUCCAAUGUGUAUGAAUUCAAUUCAGGUAUAACAAUAUGUGAUCAUGACAUGAAAAUAUUUUAGAAUAGAUACUGUAUUAAAUAUUGCCAUGUUUACAAUAUGUAAUAUGUUUUUAGUCGAUGGAUUUAAACAUGUAGUGUCAACUAGAAUCCAUUUAUGUGACAUUUGUAAAUAAAGGUAGAAAUAUUGGAUCCAACUCUACAAAACUUACUGCACAGUUUAAUUGAAGUGUAGCAAUGAAGAAUUGUCAGCUCAGCAAUAACUGAAGAAAUAGUGAAAGUAUUAGGUGCACACAGAGAGCAUCUUGUGAAAAGUACUGACAGCUGUGGGUCCAGCACUGACAGCCAAAAUAAUACGGUGGUUGAUUCCCUUUCAUGUCCUUCCUCUGAAAGGAAGAAACUGUUUGGAUAUUCAAACAAACAUCAUUGCUAACCUUACAGACGGAGUCACGUGACCAAACCGUCAAGCCCAAGGCUUCAGGACACCAGGGAUGGGAAAAUGGGUCAAUGUCUCUGGAGAAAAGCUGGAAAUACUCAUAUGGCAUUUUAAGGUAGUCUCUUAGAACAGUUGAAUUUUUACACAGACAUUUGUCCUUAACAUUGGUGCCAACCAAACAGUAUUAUGGCUCUGAAAUAAUCAGUAUAACCCAGUCGCUCCUGAGUACGAUUGCUCUUGGGUAGUGUUUUCCGUUUCUUUCUGCACUAAUUAGAUGUCUAGUUUAAUUGUUUUAGAGUCAAAUACUGGAUUUGUAAACUUUAGGGCUGACACGCUCACUGCUCAAUUUGCUUAACUGGGAGGCGUACUCCAGUAGAAAUAUCUGAAGGUGAAAUGCAGCAAUGUCAUUACUCUUUCUGAUAACUCCACAAAUGCAGGCUUUUUAAGUGAUUUGAAUACAUCCAGCUAAAAUUGUGACAGUGUUUCUAUGGUUAACACCUUAUGUCAAAAUGUUAAAAGUGCCUUCUGUCUUAAAUCUCAAACCAAAUAUUGUGUUGAACUUGGGCAGAAGUGUCCUUCCUCCCUCCCUCCCUUCCUCCCUACACAGCCUGCAUUCUAUAGAAAAGUUCUCUAUGAUCGUUUUAUUCCUUAGAUUGAGAAGUAGUAGCAAUGUUUUGCUUCCAAUUAGAUUAACCAUUAUGUUAAAAAUAGACCCGUAAAUUGAAUGCUUUGUUCACCUUCCUUUUGAAGGGAGGGGUCAGGCUCUGCUCUGUAAACGUAUGUGUGUAGUCAGCUGCAAUUUCCAACUACUGUCAUAAUUGAUGCAGGGUAUUCUCCUGGCCUAGAGCAGGUAUAAAAUUUGAAUUGUAAUGACCUAUUAAGGAGUUUAGAUCAGUUUGGUAAAAGAUAGCUUAAUUCAGAUUUCAUCCAGACUGAUGUUUUCCCAUAAAUGUGAAUAUUUCAAUGCCUACUUUAUUAUGUGUGUAUUGUUCUUAUUUCUAUAAAGAACUGUAGAAAGCAUUGAUUAGUAGAUGUCUCGUGUUUAUGAACAAGUCCUAAUAUUGAAGUUGAACUGUACAAUGAAGUCAUGUGUUAAAAGUGCUUCAGUUCUACCAAGCCGUUUACUGCUUCUCUUUUCCCGCUAGCGUGGAAGGCUAACGGUUGAGACUUCUGUGGUAUAUAUAACACUGGUUGUGUUAAAAGGUCCUUGUGUCCCAAUUUAAAAUGGUUUUUCCUGAUAUUUUAGAUCAGUCAGCAGAGUAUAGUUAAAGCUUGUCUUGAUGUUACAUUCUUGUAAAUGUCUACAACUCAAUGAGAAAAUGUACAAAUGUUCACAAAUGUUCAGCCAGACCUUUCAAGUUUUCCUUUGCUUUCCUAAGCCUGGGGGAAAACACCACUGUUUCAGUUGUAUAAAAAAUUUUGCCACAUUCCUCUGACCCAGAAUGAAUGUCCUUUUUCUCAUCUAUCAGUGAGUGCCAGCACUGUGGUGCCAGCACCUCAGUGAGCGGCAGACCCUGCUGGGUGUCACUGGGUGUGUCUGCCCUGGACGAAUCCAGGCUUCUUCUCUGCAUCGUCUGUGCCCCCACAGAACGGGGGAGACGGGACACGUGUUAUAAAUUGUAGGAUUGUUGUCACUGUUUUAGACUGAAUAUUCAAACACUGCAAAAUUACUAGCCACCAGCACUGAAGAGCAGAUUGGGGGGAAACUGAUUUCUGUUUUUGGCAGUAAUUCCAUGCUUCCUGGUUUCUGAAAUGAUUUGUAACAAAUGAAGCCUCUUAUUUACUUGACAGUCACAUCAUUUGAAGAAAUAAGAGUUCUGGUUAGAUGACAAUU